GCGGCCCUCUCGAGGGGGGCCCCACGGGGCGCGGGCCGCCGCCCGGCCGGGAGGGGCGGCGCGCGCGGGGGGGGGGGGGAGGGCGGCCGCUUCGCCGCCGAUGGCCGGGGCAGGGGCCUGCGGGACAGAGGCGGAGCGCCCCGCGGCCCGAUGUCCGAGCAGGGCCUCGGGCGCAGCCGGUCGCCGAGGGACAGGUGGGACUCCGACCGGAUAUCCCGAACAGUCACUAUGUUUGGUAGAUACCCGACGAAGGGCCCCGCCUCUUGGAGCCGCCGGGCUUGGGCCGAGGGCGGCUGCCUCCCGGAGCGCCCUCCCGGGCUGCGCGUCGACGCGGGCGGCGCCUUCCUGCUCGCGAACCUGAUGGAGGUCUGGGGCAGUCGCCAUGGGCUCGAGGAGUCCGAGGUGGUGGAAGCGCUGAGGAGGAACAUGCUGCACCAGGGCCGCGAGUGCUCCCUCCGGUUUGGCCUGACCACCGACGACACGGGCACCGUCACCGUGCGUGUGCACCCUGGAAGGCGCCACCGCUCGCGCUCCGGCUCGGGCGGCGACGGCGCGCGCGGAGGGCGCUCGCCGCCACCGCAGGCUGCCGGGCGCGCGCGCAGCGCCGACGGGGCGCCGCAUCCGGCGAAGCCGGGCAGCAGGUCGGCGUACGCGCUCCACCCGCCGCCGGCGCCGCCGCCGCCCGCGCACGCCUUCUCCGGCGGCAGCUCGCUGACGCGCGUGGAGCGGCGGGCGAUGCGCGUCGGGGUGUUCCGAGGGCAGGCCUUCGGCAACGUGGAGGGCUUUGACAGCAGGGCCCUCGCGGCUCCUGGCCGCCUGAGCGCCGCGGCCCCGGCGACGGCGUAUGGGCAGACGGCCUCCGCGCUGGGCGGCGAGAUGGACGUCCAGGUCGUCGCAGCAGCAACGUCGCCAUCCGCCCCGACGACGCAAGACCCGCUCACGGCAGAGCAGAAGCUGGAC